CAACAUUCAUUCAAACUAACUCAAAUCAGAAAGCAGAAAGAGUCACAAACCAGCUGAAAUGAACUUGAGUGAUUUCUACAAGAGUCUGUUUUUACUGGGGUUUUUCUCCGUUCAAACAAAUGCAGGAGAAGGAGUGAAAAUAGCAACAUGGGGAAGCGUCGAUCAGUCAACAACACUUAUUGGCUGGCAUGCCCAAAAUGCUCUGGAUGGGGUAAACUCCACCUGUUCUCAUACAGAGCUACAGAGUAACGCGUGGUGGAAGCUGGAUCUGAUGAAGACGUACAGCGUGAACAGAGUGACCAUCACUAACAGAUACAGCUGCUGUAGCGACAGGAUAAACGGUGCAGAGAUUCGGAUUGGAAACGUUUCUUCAAAUGUUUUCAGCAACCCAGUAUGUGCUGUAGUCUCUACUAUUCCAGCAGGAGCCACCUACAGCUAUCCGUGUCAUGGGAUGAAGGGACGUUAUGUUACUGUGGAUAUUCCUGGACCUUCACAACAGCAUCUUACUCUCUGUGAAGUGGAGGUCUAUGAAGAAGGUGUGAUGAAACAAGCAGAUUUAGUGUUUUGGGAAAAUAACGGCUUCACAAUAGUCCUCUUUUCCCAGAAGACCUUUGUGAAGAUGAAACCUGAAACUAGAGUCCAGCUCCUGUCACAGGUCAGACUGUAG